AUGCCGCUUGCUUUGACUUUCCCAAGCUCUGCAGGGGUAUGUAUGUUACUGAUGGUGUCAAAUCUGCUGCUUUGGGAGCAUGUGGCCUCCAAACCAACUGGCUUUGUGUCCACUGAAGACCUGUAUGACCGAGUGGUUGAUCAGUCUCAUACUACGUAUUUCCUGGCUGCAGAUUUAUACCAUGAAUUUGACAUGAAAUAUUUCAGGAGCAGUUGGUACAAGACCAGAAUGCCCAGCCUAUGCCACACUGCUUCCAUCCACACUCCACAGUCUCGUGAUGAAGCCCAUGAAACAAAAACUGAAGACCUUCUCAAAACAAUGAUCAAUAUUUCCCAUGCUUGGGAAGAACCGCUGAAACACCUGGUUUCUGCAGUGCCCACCCUCCCUGGAGCUUCUGAUAAAAUGCUGAAAACAGCCAAUGCUGUGAAGGACAAAACCCAUGUGCUUCUGGAAGGAAUGAAGACCAUCCUCAGUAGGAGCCAUCAUGAAGUUGAAAAAGAUUCGUACCCUGUCUGGUCUGGACUGGCAGACUUGCAAUCAUCUGAUGAAGACACUCACCUUUUUGCCUUUUAUAGCCUGGUCCGCUGCCUGAGAAGGGAUACUCAUAAAAUUGAUGCUUUCCUCAAGCUCCUGAGGUGCCGAGAGGUCUUUAAAAAUGAGUGUUUUUAA